AUGAACAUCGAGGUUGGGAACGUCUCUCAUACAGGAGCCAUCAUUUCCUGGUCGUCCUCAGAGCCCUGCCUGGAGGACUAUUACCAUAUUAUGUACAGGCCCAACUGGAACAGCAUCUUCUCCGGCUAUCUGCGUUACAGCUUCCACCACGAGGAGAAGGUGCCCCGAACAAUCAGCUCCGUGGUGCUGGAACACCUGGCACCUUCCACUCUCUACUUCCUGUGCAUCAGCUGCAAGAAGGCUGCCUUCCCCUACAGGCACUACUGCACCAUGUUCCAUACCCUGGAUAAGAGUCCACUGGCGGCCGGGAGCUCCCUGGUGGACCCCCAAAUCUCCCUGUGGGUGUUGAUGGCCAUUCUACUGGCCUGCUUCACAGCCGUCUUAGCUUUCAUCUGCCUCCAGUUCUGGUGCAUUCGUUGCCACGAGCCUCGAUGGUCUUACCGAGCCGGCCACAUGGAGGAAGCCAAUGGGUUGGUGAGAUGGCCAGAGGAGGCCCCCGCGCUUGGGCAGAGAGAGGAAGACCUGCAAGGGCUCCCCCUGGUGGAAAUGCCACGCAAGAACUCCGGCGCUGAAGCAGAACCAGAAGCCCAAGGGGAAGCCAACGAGGAUGAUGCAGCUGACCAGGAUGCCGCCAAUCAGGAUGUUCCUGACGUGGGUGCCUUGCUGAGGGGCGGUGGUGGUGAUCAUCCUGCCAUGCUGCCUCAUUUUAGGGAGUGA